ACAUAAAAUUAAUUUUUCUAUACCUAGAUUCGUAAACUUUGGAUUUGAUAAUACUCCGUCAGUGACUAGCCAAUAUGGUGAAGCCAUCGACGUGAGGAUAAAAAUAAAGCCAAGCAAUGUAAAUCCGACUGCGAAUUUUCCCGUUUUUGUUCGAGCUCCCAUUUUGUGUUUUGCUUUUUGAUACUUGUCAAAAUGUAUUUGAUUGUAAUGACAAAUAUUUUUAAGUAAAUAAUCCGAUGAAACUUAUACUCGUAGUAUGUGUAUAUAUAGAAAGAAUUCGCUGGGCUAAUUCAUUGAAAAAAAGAAAGAAUUUUGAUAAACAUUCAACACACGGUGCAACAUAUUUCUUUAAAAAUUAAAACCCAUUAGAAAAGUGAAUGACCAAAAAAUAUUCAAUACAUUUGAUAAAUACAAACUUUUAUUUAGAUCAUUUUUACCGACUUUCAAAGAAAAAAUGCGGUAUUGAACUCCACUUGUCGUGUGUGUAUGUGUGUGUGUCACCUGUGCCCCACAAUUUUUGUUAGUCAUUUUUAGUUUUUUGAGGACCCUGAAGGUCAGUGAGCAGUUCCUUGGGUUGUAAGGUUUAUGAAAUUUUUGAGUAGUACGAAAAUGUGAAUUGAGGAAAACAAAAAAGUGAAGUUCCGUUUUACUAUUUCCACCAUUCAAUAGUUUUCGACGAUUUUUGAUACAUAAAAUUUGUGAAAAACUGCAAAAAGAUUUGUUUCAGAAUGAAUAUGAAAUAUGCUCGUUUUCAAUAGGAAAUGAUUUUGAUAGAAGAACAACAGUUUGUUUUAAACAUCAAUUAAUUACAUAUAAACAAAAAAGCUCACUAAAUUUUGCCAGAGAGAAAAGUAAAAAUCGAAACAACAAUUUACACGCUAAAAACAAUAAUCAAUAUACUUAUUAUUCAUACCUUGACGAGCAAAUGGGAUUUGAAGAAAAUAAAGAAAAGAAAUCGGAUGAUCUAAGACAAAGUCAAUCAUCAAUUAAACUGUCAGAAAAUUCUAAUCAAGAUAAUAUCCUUAAUUCUACAAUAAACAAAUCAUUAAGAAAAAAAAGGCCCGACCAAGAUUUGUAUGUUCCAAGAAACCGUCGUAGUCAAACAACUCCUAGAUCAAGUCAUUUUGUUGCGGAUAUAAAACAACGAUCUGAUCCCGAAAAUUAUCAAAUAGUUAACAACCAACCGAAAACAGAUGUUGCACUAAUAUCCAAUUACAAGACCAAUGACUUAAAGAAAAUUUCUCUUGUGAAACAAGUGACGAUUGAUAACAGUGAAUGCGAUAUUUUAGUUGAUAGUUGUAACAUGAAUAAUAAAAAUAUAUCAGCAAAAAUGGCUACAACAAAAAAUUUUCAUGAUUCUGAAAACGCAACUAACGGAUUAUUUGAUGAUAAAGAUGAGACAAACAAAGAUGAAACUAAAUUGAAAAAAGAAAAAAUGGAAAUAAAUAGUUCUAGUAAACGUACAAUACAAAAAAUAUUGAAUCCAGAUGAUCUUAAAGUUGAUACACGAGAUACUGUAAAUGAAAAUACAAGUACAAAAAAUAUAGAAACUGAACAGGAUGAUUGGGAAAAUAUGUUUGAUGAAAAAGGCGAUUGUCUGGACCCUAAAAUGAUGGAUGAAUUAACAGCCCACGUCGGCAAGGUAGACAUUGAAACCCCAAAGACAGACUAUAAGUUAUAUCAAACUAAACAAGCAUUAUUAUUAGAAGAAGAGUUUCCCCAUGUAUUAGAAGCAUCAAAUUUUCCAGUGGAAUUUAAAACGCAAGAUUUAAUUAUGACAUUUUCUGCUUAUAAAGAUUCUGGAUUUGACAUUAAGUGGGUAGAUGAUACACAUGCAUUGAUUGUAUUUAGCAAUUCUAAAAUAGCUGCUGAAGUAUUGUCUACAAAGCAUGCCUUUGUAACUGUGAAACCACUAAAGGAGGCAAAAAUAGAAUCUAGAAAUAAAGCAAAAAAAUGUUCAUCUUCACUACAACCAUAUCGACAACGUCCAGAAACAUGUGCAGCUCUGGCAAGACGUUUAGUGACUGGCGCUUUAGGUGUUCGACUUAAAACGUCUCGAGAAGAGAGAGAAAAUGAACGUCGUAUUCUUAAUGAAGCCAGAAAACGCAAACUCUUGGCUACCAAGCAAAGCGAAGAAAUGUGGGAAGAUUAGGUUUAUUUUUGUAAAAUUAAAUAAAUUUAUUUAUACAACAAAACAAAAUAUUCACUCUUUAUUAGAUUAAAAUCACUAAUUCCUUUGAAAAGAUCAUAUAAAACCAAUUCAAAAAAUAUACAUAAUUUA